AUGUCCAUCCUGGACAGUACCACCAAGCGGGCCGGCGAUCGAGUGGGCGUGGACUUCCUCGCACCCUUGGCGGUGAAGAGACAGCGUAAAAGGGAGAAGGGAUAUGGCUGUCUGUUCACCUGCCUGUCCAUUCGAGCAGUCCACAUCGAGCUGGCUCACUCGCUGGACACCGACUCACUCAUCAUGACGAUGAGACGCAUGAUGGCGAGACGCGGCAAGACCAAGCUGUCGCUGCAGCGGUGGAACCACGCCAAGAUGGCUGACACGCUGUCACAAGAAAGCGUGGAGUGGAAGUUCAACCCUACGGCCGCGCCCCACUUCGGCGGCGUGUUCGAGCGUCUGGUGCGCUCAGCCAAACGUGCCCUGUCGGCCGUGCUGGGCGACAGGGUUGUGGAUGACGAGACGCUUCGGACGGUGGUUACCGAAGCCGAGGCUUUCCUCAACGGCCGACCGCUGACGCACCCGUGGGAGCCGCCCAAGCCACUGGAUGCCAUGGAGCCGCCGGAGCUACCCAAGCCCCAGGGCCAUCUGGAGCCGCCCGAGCCGCCCAAGCCGCCGGAGGCCACGGAGCUGCCGGAGUCGCCCAAGCCCCCGAACGGCCCAGAGCCGCCGGGGCCGCCCAAGCCGCCGGAGGCCACGGAGCCGGACCACCCACCAGAGCAGCUGGCGAUGGCGCUCCAUCCAAAGGAGACAUAUUAA